GAAGUCAGUCACGCAGCGUGACGUUACGCAAGAGCCGCGCUUCCACGCUCGCGUCGAGAGGCUUCUGCUGUUUCGUGAGCUCUCCUCCGCGCGUGUGAGAGUGUGUGAGUGUGUGUGUGAGUGUGUGUGUGUGAGCUGCAGACAUGGCUGUGGACGGAACGGAGCAGCGCGCGCUGCAGUAUGAGCAAACUUUGAUGUAUGGGCGUUACACUCAGGAGCUGGGUGUUUACGCUAAAGAAGAGGCCGCCCGGAUUCGAGAGGAUGGUCGUCACCGGCGCUCUGUUUCUGAUCGCGGUCCUCCGCUCAAACUCCUGGAGUACGAGAAGGGACGAUGUGUCAGGUGUCGAAGUAAGUCCGGUUUCCAUGCCCUGGAAUCAUCACCGCCGGACUUUUUUUCUGUCUGUGCAGUGCACUGUCAGCGGUUCCUCAUGUCGCGGGUCGGCGAGGACUGGAUCUUCCUCAUCUUGCUGGGACUCGUCAUGGCGCUGGUCAGCUUUGUUAUGGAUUUCUGCAUCGCCCUUCUCCUACAAGCACAGAAGUGGAUGUACGGUGGUUUGGACAGUAACGUAAUCCUGCAGUAUUUAGCUUGGGUCACUUAUCCUGUGGUUCUCAUCAGUUUCUCUGCAGGCUUCACACACAUAGUAGCUCCUCAGGCCGCGGGGUCAGGUAUUCCUGAAAUGAAGACUAUUCUCAGAGGAGUGGUGUUGAAGGAAUAUCUCACGUUAAAAACAUUUGUGGCCAAAGUCGUUGGACUGACCUGUGCACUGGGCAGCGGGUUGCCUCUGGGCAAGGAGGGUCCGUUUGUGCACAUUGCCAGUUUAUGUGCUGCUCUUCUCUGCAAAUUCAUGUCGUUCUUUGGUGGAAUUUAUGAGAAUGAGUCCAGAAACAUCGAGAUGCUUGCGGCGGCUUGUGCUGUCGGCGUUGGAUGCUGCUUUGCUGCUCCUAUUGGAGGUGUGUUAUUCAGCAUUGAAGUCACCUCCACGUUUUUCGCCGUACGAAACUACUGGCGUGGAUUCUUUGCUGCUACGUUUAGCGCCUUUAUCUUCAGAGUUCUGGCCGUGUGGAACAGAGAUGAAGAGACGAUCACGGCUCUCUUUAAAACGCGCUUCAGACUGGACUUCCCCUUUGACCUCCAAGAGCUUCCAGCGUUUGCUGUGAUCGGAAUCGCCAGCGGGUUUGGUGGGGCCUUAUUUGUGUUUUUGAACAGGCUAAUUGUGCAGUUUAUGCGAAAACAGAAAACUAUUAACAAGUUCCUCAUGAAGAAGCGUCUGUUGUAUCCCGCGCUCGUCACUCUACUGAUUUCAACGCUCACUUUCCCUCCGGGCUUUGGCCAGUUCAUGGCCGGACAGCUUACACAGAAGGAAACCCUGGUUUCGUUUUUUGACAAUCGCACUUGGACGAAGCAAGGAAUGGCAGAAGACUUUAAUUAUGACAGUCACUCGGCCGCCUGGAAACAUCCGCAGGCUAACGUCUUUGUGAUCCUCGUCGUCUUCAUCGUUAUGAAGUUCUGGAUGUCUGCUUUAGCCACAACUCUUCCUGUACCAUGUGGAGCCUUCAUGCCUGUUUUCGUCAUUGGUGCUGCGUUUGGUCGUUUGGUGGGUGAAAGUAUGGCUGCAUGGUUUCCAGAGGGCAUUAAUACAGAUGGAACCAUCUAUCCCAUAGUUCCCGGAGGAUACGCUGUUGUGGGAGCGGCGGCGUUAUCCGGAGCGGUCACACACACGGUUUCCACGGCCGUGAUCGUGUUUGAGUUGACGGGUCAGAUCAGUCACAUUCUGCCCAUCAUGAUCGCUGUGAUUCUGGCCAACGCCGUCGCUCAGAGUCUUCAGCCGUCCAUCUACGACUCCAUCAUCCGCAUUAAGAAACUGCCUUACCUGCCCGAGCUCGGCUGGGGCCACCACGAGAAGUAUAAUAUUCGUGUGGAGGACAUCAUGGUCAGAAAUGUUCGUUAUAUCACACUGAACUCCACCUACAGAGACCUCCACGAGAUCCUCAUGAUAGGAAACCUCAAAACAGUGGCGCUGGUGGAGUCUGCAGAGUCGAUGAUUCUGCUGGGCUCUAUCGAGCGCGCUCAGUUGCAGGCGCUCCUCACGCAGCAUCUGAGUCGCGAGCGGCGCCUGGAGUUCAUCCGCGAUCGCGUCGACGCCGAGAGGAAGCGUGUGUCUGUGGUCAGCACUCCCAGCAGCGAGGAGGGGGGUCAAAAGGUCAACCACGAGGUUCGCUUCCAGAUCUCCACAGAAGAGUCAUCGUUCACACCGGCCCGUCCCAGCUCACCUAAACCUCUCAAACCUGCGCUGAAGAAGACGUCUGCUGCCGAGAAAAACAUUGAGAUCCCCACAAGUGAUUCUGGCAUUGGCUUGAAGAAUCUGUUAUGUGCUCGACCUCAGACUGAUGCAAUGGAGGAGGAUCCAGACGCAGAGGAUGACAUGACUCUUGGCGAGAUUGAAGAGUGGGAGGAGCAACAGCUUGACGAGCAGGUGAACUUCAACAGCUGCAAGAUUGACCCCGCCCCCUUCCAGCUGGUGGAGCGCACUUCACUGCACAAGACUCACACCAUCUUCUCUCUGUUGGGUUUGGAUCACGCUUACGUCACCAGCAUCGGGAGACUUAUAGGAGUAGUUUCACUGAGAGAGCUGCGUAAAGCCAUCGAGGGCUCGAUGACGGUGAAAGGCGUGAAGGUUCGUCCGCCGCUGGCGAGUUUCAGAGACAGCGGCACCAGCGGCACAAGCAGCGAAAGCGAAGCCACUGAACUCCACAAACUCUGGGAUCGUCACACCAGCAUCAGCAUUCCCCGAGAACACCAGCCCAACGCCUCCGACUCGGACGACAAGUCGCAGUGACCCGCGGCCGACGCUCGCAUCCAAAAAUCCUCCGGUCUUCCCACACUAACCCACUUUCCCUUCUGGAGAAUCAGGGACUAUCUGGACUCUGUCGAGGCUCCUCGAGUGUGUGUGCGUAUGUGUGCGUUUGUUUAUAUGUGUGUCUGUUGCAGAAAGAGACAGAUCAUUUCAUUUUUGACGUUACCUACCAUUCCCUUUUUCACUUUUUAAGAAAUGUGAUGCACAAGAUCUGUUUGAACGCUUCAUCUGAUGUCUCGUGGUUUUUAUAUUGGGGAAUUUAUAUCUCACUUUUUCUCGCACUUAUGACUUUUUUUCUUGCAGUUUUGUCUUUUCUUCUCGCAAUGGACUUUUUUCUCGCUAUUCUGAACAAUUCUAGUAAUUAUGAUUUUUUUUUUUCUCACAGUUAUUACUUUUUUCUUGUAAUUGGCCUUUUCUCGUUAUUUUGACUUUUAUCGCUCGUCUUUUUUUUCUCGCAAUUAUGUCUUCUCGCAAUUGACUUUUUUUUCGCAUGUACGAUUUUUCUCCCAAUUGUGACUUUCACAAGUAUGACUUUUCUUCUCACAAUUAUGACUUUUCUCACAAUUUUUUUUUCCUGCAAUUAUGACUUUUGUUAUGAUUUUUUUGGCAAUUAUGACUUUUCUUGUCGCAAUUGACUUUUUUCUCACAAUUAUGACUUUUUUCGUAAUUGAUUUUUUUUUUCCGCAGUUAUGACUUUUCUUCUCGCAAUUGACUUUUUUCUCACAAUUAUGACUUUUUUCGUAAUUGAUUUUUUUUUUUCGCAGUUAUGACUUUUCUUCUUGCAAUUGACUUUUUUCGCAAUCAUCAUCGUAUGUAUGACAUUUAUUCUUGCAACUAUGACUUCUUUCUCAGUUAUGACUUUUUAUAUGCAGUUGGCUUCUUGCAAUUAUGACUUUUUCUCGCAAUUGACUUUUUUUCUCACAAUUAUGAAUUUUCCGUAAUUUUUUUUUUUUUUCGAAAUCGACUUUUCUUCUCACAACUGACUUUUUCGCAAUUGUGACUUUUCUUCUUGCAAUCCUGACUUUAUUUCUCGCAAUUCUUCAAUUCUUUACCUUUCAGAUGUUACCUUUCAUUCCCUGUUUCGGAGCUCUUCAUCUGUGUGUUUUUUUCGCGGGUGGGCACUAGAUUCUCCUCUAUAUAAAGCGGGUCUGUAGGCGGACGCAGUAGGUGGCAGAGAGAACAGAGCAAUGGAGAGAAUGAGACAGAGUGGGAGUGAUUUUCUUUUUACCGCAGUGUUUCAGACUUUUUUUGCUCUUGCAGAAUCUCCAACACAAGAUUCAGUCACCGUUUGAAGCCAAACCACUCGUAUGUUAUCUGGUCAAUGUCAGACAAAGCGAAUCUCGCCCACGCAGACUCUUAUGUAAGGAUGUGCACUUUUUAUUGCUUUCUCUAUUGGAAAUGACACUAACGUGCCUUUUUGAACGAUUUGGCACAUUUGUUUUUUGCAUGUUUGCACUGAGGACGGUUAGGUGAAAUCAAUCACAGUCAACAUUCAGCACAGCAACAACAUCUGAAUUGACAAUAGUCAAAUUAUGAACAAAUGAAUGGUGAGGUUUAGAGGUUUUGGAGAAUUUAAACAUGUUUGCUUUGAAGUAACCACUCAUUUUUUUUAUAUAUAUAUAUAUAUUUUGGGAAAUCAAAGGUCAGUCCUUCCCACUGGUUUCCAUUGAUCGAGGAGAAUGUGAUGCCCUUUUUGAUGGGUUUAGCACUUGGGCAUAAAGCUGCAGGAAAACACACAUCCGACAGUAAAAUCUCUCUUUCCGUCUCUUUCUUUUUCUCUGUUGUUGGAUCUUUGGCAGAAACUUUGUGUAUUUUAAAAUGUCUAUGAUGAAUUUCACAAAACGUGUCGAGAACUCAUCCAGCUCAUAUUUAAAACCAUUUAUUUUGAGCCAUUUGAACAUUAAGAUUAUUUUUUCUUUGCAUUGUGAAAAAUUUUUUUUUCCAAUUUCAUAUUUUUCCUCUAAAUUCUUAUUACAAUAAUGUAUUUGGAUGUUUUUCUUAUGUAUAUAUGAUGUAUAUAUUUUUUAUAUUUUGUAGAGUUUUGUUAUGCUCAAUGAUUAUUUUCAUUUGAAUUCUCGUUACCAAAAAAACUAUUUAUUUAUAGUAUUUAAACACCACAUUUGUAAUUUUAGUAUCCGUUUUUUUUUUUUUUUUUGUAAUAAGUUUGCAAAUGAAAAUCAUCAUUGAGAAUAAUGAAAAAUACAAAAACAACAUACAGCUAUUGUAUAUAAAUAAUUUAAGUUUAUCAAUAUAAUUUACAUUGCAGAAAAGAAAAUAUUUGUCAUAAUAGUAUUGAUGUACGUUGUAUUAUUAUGACUAGUAAUUGUACUAUUAUGAUGAUUAUUAUUAUUAUUAUUAUUAUUAUGUAAUGAGAAAUGAAAAUCAUUAUUGAGAAUAACGAAACUUCAAAAAUAACAAAUGCAGCUGUACAUACUUAAUUAUAAAUACUUAAAUACUAAUAAUUUUUGGUCCUGGGUUGCAUUUCAUUUCGGCUAAAUAUGAUUUCUUAUUUCUCUCUUUUGAUUUUAUGGUGAAAUAUUGACACAGUCGUGGUCUUGACAGGUUUUGUGAGAUUCAUCUGCAAAUGUAUUCAUGCAUUUCCACGAACAACAGCCGAAUAGAACAAAAGUGAAAUCUGAGAGUAUUUUAUUCACUGUUGUAAAUGUUUGUUGUGAUUUAUAAAUGUUUCGUUUCAUCAGCUGAUCGUUUUAAUUGGAACUGAAAUGAGUUUAUUUAAUUCUGAUUCUUAACUGACAAAUUUGACCAAUAAGCUUUAAUCUGUUCGCCGGUGGAGAAGAGGCUUAUUUUUGUUGAUUCAUGUAGAUUUACAGAUUUUAAUAUAUUUAAAAUAUCAUAUUAACUUAAAUAUUUUCUUCUUUUUGCCAUUUGUACGUUCUUGUGUUUGUACUUCCAUUUAAUGCAAGUCAUUUUUGACUUCUUCAGACAAUAUCUCUGUUUAGGAAUAUGUGAUGCUUUUUCUUCUCUUGUCUUGAAACGUUGACCGAACGUUGUGGGAACGUUUUAAUUGCAUCUCAGAGAACGUUUUGUGUUUUGUGUCCAAAAAUGGUGCCAGUAUCAUCUCUGAAAAGACUUCAUUAAUACUGUAAGAUACACUCUGAACGGACCAAAAGAGCAAAAUCAUGACUGCUUUAUUAAAUAUGUUGUGGUCCAUUUCAUUUCAUGUAUUAGAAUGUUGUAUUGAGAAUCAUAUUUAUUAACAAUCUUACAUGUGAUCAACAAAGUAGAUAAACCGUGAUUUUAUUUUUUUAUAUUAUUGUUGUUGUUUUCAGUCAUUGGAGGAUAAUGUAUUUGUGCAAUAACAUUUUUCGUUUGUUUGUUUUUAACCAGAAUUAAAACUAUCUAUGACUUUA